AUGUCCGUUGAGCUCCAAACCCAAAACACUACCGAAUCCUCAUCACGUGUACCAGCCAAAAGAUCCUAUUCAGACUACCUAAAAGGAGUCAAUACCCGUUUCAAACACCUCUCCGACAAAGUUCUACCCGCAUCUCCAUACCUCCUCAGGGUUCCCACCGAAAGGCCUUUCCAUCUGGGUUCCCGGUUUGUGAGCAAUUGGGCUGUGGGAGAUAAUAGGCCAUUUGCUCCGGAGGAGGAACACCUCCAGUACAUGACCUUUCUGCCCCACCAGGACGAAGACACUCUACUUGUUGCUGUGGGGGGAUGGUCUGAUGAACGUGGAAACAUCAUGGAAGAAGACACGUCAAAGGCGCCCAGCAUUACCACAAGCCCGUCCGUCGACACUCCUCAACAUAGGUUCCAACGAAAGAAGAUCAGUCUCAGCGACUACAAAAAGAAAGCAAACGAAACUCCAAAAUUCCCCCAUAGAAGCACCAUCCCAGCGGAUCGGGUCACCUCAGGAAAACCUAACUCAUCUCGGGAACUUAUGUCAACUACCACACUACAGCCGAUAAUCCCUUCUAAAAGAAAAGAUACCACGUCCGGAAUAACCGACAAUCGCCCAGAUAAUAAUGCCAAUGGAAUCUCCAAACCUAAAAAUUCCCGUGACGAGAGUUCCAGAUCCAUUCCUGGUUCCUAUAAACCUCCACCGUCAAGUCGAGAGUCCCCGCCUCUCGCCAAAAAACCCCGGCUAGCAACUACCAAGGAGUCUUCUGGUAAUGCUUCCACGAGAUCAAAAAAUGCGGCCCCUAUCGUCCCCGCUCUACUUUCUCCGACACUUCCGCCUACUAGCGUGUUGCCUAGGCUCCCUAGAUUGCUAUCUCCCACACUUCCCCCAGACGUAGAGGAAGAACUGGCAAAGCUAAAGAGCGACGAGCUGUCUAUAAAUGAAUAUUCCAAUUCCAGGAAACCCCCAUCAUCGUCCGGUCCUACAGGAUCAAAACCUGAACUGCAGCUACCUCAAUCGAAUAAAGCUAGACCCCAUUCUAAUUCUACCUCUAGUUCAAGCGAUAAAAGCACCAGGGCUAGAAUAUCGGUCUCGUCGACUUCUAAACCUCAGUGUAGUAGCGUUGGAAAAUCUAUACCUGGCAAUAAUCCGAGCAACAGAGCCGUCGAUCCCAAGCAGUCGCAUAUUUCCUCAAAGCCCAAGAGUACUACGGAACCUGCUAAACCCAGACUAAUUGUGAAACUGAGAUACGGGAGGGCCAACCGGAAACGGAUAGAAGCCUUACUCAAGUUUUCUGGCAAAUAUAAAUUCACGCCUGAUCAUAGGUCAUCGAAACAGAAAACCGAGAGUAGUCAGCGAAAAGAUCAUAGCGCUCCUUUUUCGAAAUUAGCCGAAAUGCGACGAGUGGAAAAGCGACCAAGGCACAGGGAGGAGAGUGACGUCCAGGGAUCGUCUGUCAAGCGUCAAAAGCCCACCACUAUUCCGUCUGCGGAGCAACCAAGAACUCCUGUCACAACAAUGUUCCACUCUCCUGCUGUUCUACAACAGUCGGCAGUGGCAUCAAAGGGCCAAUUCCUUACUCCGAGUAAAGAUUUGAAGGCGACGGCCAUGCGCCGUCUAGGCUCUGGGGACAGUGAUACGAGGAUGCCAACAGGUUUGGACCGCGCUAUAGAUACCAACAUAUCAGGAAACACAGACAAAGCAACCAAACAUUCUCCCCUAAUACCCAAUGAUAACCAGCUAAGCAGGCCUCGCGACACGGCAGAAUCUCGCCCAUGGUUCGAGGAAUCACAGAAAUAUUUCAAUUUAGGCCGCGAGUUAAAACACUCAUCUCGGAGAUACGCAGGACCUCAAGCGACGGACGGCGAAGAAAAACUCGGUGCCGCACUUGCAGUCGAAGCAGUUCUCUGUUUUAUUCUUGCUUUUAUCCUCGAUGAUAAGUAUAAAUCCCUAAAUCGUCGGCUGGGAGACUCAUCAGCCCCGGACCCACGCCAAACAACGAGGGAAACACCGUUACUUGGAAGAGAGCAAAAAGCAGCAGCAGCAUAG